AUGAUAGUUACAAAUGAAGAAAUAAUGGAAAGUUUUUUAAGAGAGAAUGCUAUUUAAAAUUUAGCAGAUAAGCUAAAGAGAGAGAAUGAAGCAAGCAGUUUUAAACAAGUAGUGGAAACAAUUUAAGAUUCAUUCACAUUAAAAGGACAAUCAAAAUAGAAAUAUUUUGCAAUGAAAGUAAUAUCUUUAAUCAAAGAAUCAGACUGAAUAUUAUAUUGAGUAAGAAAUAACUAUUCAUCAACAGUAUCAUUAAGGUAAAGAAUCUAUUGGAUAUUUUUGAAGAACUUGCAUUUUGUGAUAAAUAGAAUCCUUACAAAUAGAGAGGAUUAAAAAUAUUUGGGGUUUAUGAGGGGUACAUGAAUUGAUUGAAAUUAAAUAGAUCUAACCUUUAGUGAGUGUUUUUAUGAUAUUUUGAAGGAAUGCAUUUCAUAUUGGGGAACAAAAUAUGCUGCUGAUUAGAAAGGUAAUCCAACGAUAUUUGCGAGACUUCUUGAAAAGUUAAGGAUUUAAACAAAAAAUUGAAUUAUAAUUGUUUGAAUUAACUGAAGAAUAAAGGGAAAAAUUAAAAAGUUAUAGUAUGCCAACUGAAUAAUAAAAAUAAAAAAUCAAUAUGAAUGAUCUUAGUAAAGAGGAAUUGAACAAAAUGUAUCAAGAAAUGUUUACUUAAACUAAUGAAUUGGUUGAGAGUUUAGAAUAGAAUUUAAAAGGAGAAGAUUAAGCAACAGAGAUUAUGGAUUAAUGUAAAUUGUUAAUUUAUUUUAGUGAUGGAAAAUGCUUGUAAUGAUGCUGAAAAAAUAAAACUUAAUUUGGAUUUAUUGUAGGCUAAACAAAAUUAAUUAGGUGAAGGUUAAAGAAAGCAAGUUGGUUAUAGAUUAAAAAUAAUUACAACUUUAAUUGAAGCUAACAAAAAUAUGCGUGAAUUAGGAUUUACCAAUGAAAACUAUUAGAAUUUUCGUUAUGAAGUCUUAUUAGCAACAAGAGAAAUUACUGGAUCAGAAAAACCAAAACCACCUGCAAAUUAUGCUAAACCUACUUAAUAAUAACCUUAAUAAUAAGUUAAUACAUAACCUGAUUAAAGAUUUUAAUAGUAAUAGAUUCCAAAACCACCUCAAUAUUCUGAAAAGAGAUAACCUCCAACUUAACAAUAUCCUAUAAGGAAAGAACCAGAAAUUUAAAAAUAGAUCUAACAACCUACUUAUUAACCUCCAUUAUAAUAAACCUAAUAAUAUAGUAGAGCACCAUAACCAUAAAAAUAGCAAUAAACUAAAUAUUAGAAUUAACCUUAGUAACAACCAGAAAGGUAUUUGCAACCAGCCCCAGUCCCUCCUUCUUUUAAAAAAUUACCUAUAAAUAAAUCACAUGAGCAUUUUUAAAGUCCCAAUAAAGGAUAAUUUGAAGAUCAAUUUGAUAAUAGAAGUUAAAGUUCAUAGUUUUCAGGGAAAGAUUUUUAUAUGAAAGGACAAUUAGGAUUGAUAACAAAAAGUUAUGAAGGUUAAUUUAUUCCUUAUGAUGAUAGAAAUUUUUCUAUUUUUGAAGAGAUUUAUAAUCAUAAAGGAUUAAAUAGAAUAAAAAGAGCAAAUUUAAGGAAAAGAUAUUCAAUAUUUGAAUCUCCAGAAAUACAAAUUGGAUUUGAUUCAAAUUUAGUUUAUCAUGAGAUAACAAAUCGUUAUUAUUUAAGAAUUCGUUUAUGUUUUGGAAAUAAAACAUAAUAAAUAUUAUAAAAUUUCUAAAUUUCAUUUGAAGGAGACUCUUGUAUGGGUUUAUGGACAUAGGAUCCAAUUCAUUAACAAAGUUAAAUUGUAUAAAAGGAUUAAUAAGGAAGAAUGAUAUUGUAUCCAAAUAAAUAGUUAUAUGUUCCAAUUUGUUUAAAUUAUAAUCGUGUUCCUUAUUAAAUAAUUUCAGGAACAUUUAGUUAUGAAAUGGAAGAUGAAGCAAAAAUGUCUCAUUUCAUUGUACCUUGUUUAUUAACUAAAUUUAUGAAUUUUAGAGAUACAACCAUAGAUUCUUUUAAAGCAAGGUGGGAGUAUAAAUCAAAAAGUAUAUUAAAGACAGAGUAACUACUUCUGAAUAGAUAAAUAAUUAAAUCAAAAGAUGACUUAAUUAUAAGUUUUGGAGCUAAUAAUGUCUUAAUUUUAGGUGGAGAAGAUACUUAAAUGAAUGAAUGUAAUUAAUAUUGUAGAUUUUAGUGGAUAAAGAAAUGGUUGGUGCUGAAUAUGGUUUAGCAUUUACAUUAAGUAGUCCAUAAAUAGAAUUUUUACUGAAAAUAAUUAUAUUCCCAAAUCAAACAGUAAUAUUUCAGAUAAUACCUUAUUCAUCUUACUAAACUUAAGCGGAAGCAUUUUUGAAUACUUUAGUUUUUAUAUUUUGUUAACCUGAUUGA